AUGAAUGACCUAGCACCAUACGAAACCUACGGCUUCCCUCUCCUGACCAUACGAAGCAAAGAAAUACUAUCCGCUACCCAACAAAAUAUGCUUCCAUUGCCGAAGGCUGAUAUAAAGCGAAGCGACGAUAACUUGUUUAGCACAGAGAAAGCCUCCAGCCUCCCGCUGAGCCUUCACUGCUACCCGUCCAAUAUUCUGGUCAUGGUCGCUCUCAAUAUCUUUCGCCUGGCCAUAAGUUUAAUCGCUCUUACCUCCUUGUCCCUUGUUUCCUCCGCUCCCACCUCCAAUGCCACCUCGGCAGACCUCAGCCCUAAAGCACGCGAAAUAUUGGCUCGCGCUACCCCUAGUGCACCCCACUUUGUCAUCUACAGCGACAAAUUUGUCUCGGGUCUGACAGGCCCGCCACCCGUUGCACAAGUUACUGGGUACAAUGUCUUCGCCCUUUCGUUCCUCUUGAUAGAAGGGGCGUUUGACAAGGCGAUUGAAUGGACCUGGCUCAGCGCUGCUGAACGGGCUUCCGUUAAAGCUGAAUAUGCAGCAGCAGGGAUCAAGCUUAUUGUUUCUGUAUUUGGAGCGACCGAUGCUCCUACUUCCACCGGAGCCGACCCAAUAUCUACUGCCAAUACUAUGGCUGCUUGGGUAAAGGAGUUCGAUCUCGAUGGUAUCGACGUUGACUAUGAAGACUUCAACGCUAUUAAUGCUGGUGAUGGAAAAGCGGAGGCUUGGCUUGCCAGCUUCACUCGGCAGCUGAGGACACAACUUCCCCAGGGAACGUUCAUUCUCACCCAUGCGCCCGUUGCACCUUGGUUCUCCCCCGGUCGCUUUGGCGGGGGCGCAUAUUUGACGGUCGAUCAGCAAGUGGGCAAUUUGAUUGACUGGUACAAUGUCCAGUUUGACACAAUUUCAGAGGGAACUAGCGAGUACACCACAUGUGACGGCCUUCUUUCGACUUCAUCUAGCACCUGGCCGAACUCUGCAUUGUUCCAAAUCGCUGCCUCUGGUAUCCCUCUUUCGAAGUUAGUAAUCGGAAAGCCAGCAACAACAGGCGAUGCCAGCAACGGCUUUAUGUCUACUGCAACAUUAGCCGGCUGUCUGCAACAGGCGAAGGGCCGUGGUUGGAAUGCAGGUGUUAUGGUUUGGGAAUUCCCCGACGCCGCUGCGUCCUGGAUUCGGGACGUAAGGUCUCAGGCAUUCCCCGAGUAA